UUGCAAUCCCCCAAUAAUCACGUUCACCAUGGCCGGCAGAGGUGCUGGGGCUGCGCGCAAGACGCUUCUUGCGCCAAUCCAUUUCAUCUUCAAGCUUCUACAGCAGCGAUCUACUGUGUCCAUCUGGCUUUAUGAGCAACUUGCAUUCCGGAUAGAAGGAAAGAUCAGGGGCUUCGAUGAGUUCAUGAACCUCGUGGUCGACGAUGCUGUCGAGGUCCGGUUGGCUACAAAGUCUGAGGAGGAGAAAAGGAGAAAUUUGGGUCAAAUACUCCUCAAGGGAGACAACGUAUCGCUGAUCCAAGCAGUACAAUAAACUCGACUUGUCCUCUGAUCUAUUAAUAAUCUUAUACCUUUGGCGUUGGAGGAGCGGCUGCGCAGUAUCCAAAAAAGGGAGAAAAGUCUGGAGAAAGAAAGCAUGUGAGAUGCAUAUCAGCUUCUGGGGCUUAUGAUCUGGCCGUCACCGACAAUGACGGCAUCUACCGGCCAGUCGUGCUCAGACACCGGUAUUUCCUCUGGGGGCUGAAGAACCUGCUCUUUCAGAGCGAGAGCGACUGUAUCACAAAACGUUAUGUCAGAUAGAAUCCUCUAAUGAACUGUAGACUGUUCCUCACCAAGGAAAGGUCUUUGAGGUGUG